AUGUCCAUCGGUGAAUACUCUGUCGACCAUUUUCAGACCCUUCCCUCCCUGGCGAUUGCACGCACCAACUUUAUGAAGCUGAAUGGCGAUGACCUUGUGAAAGAUGUCUUCAAAAAAUUCUUCAUUGAGCAGGGCAUGGAUCGCACGUUUGGUCUCGCCAUGCUUCACCGUCAUUUUGACCUCGAGCCUGGUGAGAUGCUUGUUGAUUACGAAGGUACAUCUGUACCUUGGAACACAUGCCAUGUCUCCGGAGUGAAACCUCCUCAGCCCGCUAUCUGGGCAGUCUCCUCUGAUGGUGAAUUCAAACCGACUGAGUUCUAUUUCUCGGAGGGGAAGGGCCUGACUAUCGGGGAGGGAGAAUUACGUUUCAUGAAGCGCUUUCAAGAAUUACUUCAUGAGCACAACGUUACCCAAUCAUUUGGUCUCUGCCGAUAUCCUGGAGACGAUUUCAAUGGUUUGUGUGAAAUCACUCAUGGAAGAGCCAAUAUCAACCUGAAACCAAAUGAUGUACGUGGAAUCCAGGAUGUAUCUUGA